AUGGCUUCUCUAGAUUUUGACGAUUACGACAAUAUUCUCUCAUCAUUGGAUGGAUCACAGAGACAGCUGCAUUUGCAGCAGCAGCAGGGGCAUCAGACUUUUGGCAUGACUCCGGCCCCUAAUUUGAACCAUAUCAAUUAUAAUGAAAACGGGACUUUGGACCAACAACAGCAAAGACACGUGAUCGAUGGCCACAUUCUAAAGCUUCAGCAGCAGCAGCAGCAGCAACAACAACCAACGCUGCAGAACUUGCAGCAGAGACAGCAGCAACAACAAACACAAAAUUUUAUGACGGGACCUCAAAGGUUCGGGUCUACAAGUUCUUCGUCAAACGUGAGUUCUGAUAUGAACUUUAACGAUUUCAAUGAUGCAGUCAGCAGCCUAAGUGGCUCUAUAGUGUCUCCGUACUCGUCCGGGUCAUCACCAGACGACUUUUUUCUAAAUGACCCAGUUGCAAAUGCAAAUGCCAACAAUCCAAACUUCGUUCCUAUAGACGCCAACUUGACUGCCAGACACAACCAGAACUGGGUUGGUGUUAACACAGAAGAGGCUGCACAAUCCGCUGGAACGGGUGCAAAUGCCCCCGGUUUUGUCCCUAUGGGUGAGUCGAUGUCUACAAGCACUGUUACAUACAACACUGCUUCUAUUUUUGACCACGGCAACACUAAUAACAACAAUAAUAACAACAGCAACAGCAACGUCAACAAUAUUAACGCCAACAAUAGUGUAGCGGCUCCGGCUCCAGCAAACUCGGGUGUCAUAUCACCAAAUUCGAAGCGGAGAAAACGCAGCGUCGGAAAAAAGAUGAAGGUGAAGGUAAAGAAGGAACCGGGAUCGCUAAAUUUGAGCAAGAUCAAGUCGAACGACGACUAUUCCAACGGUUCUGUCAUGAGUAGUCCUGCAAGCAGGGGCCGAAAGAAGAGUGGUGCCUCUGUGCGACCUAAAAACGAGGCUAAUGUUAAAAACGGCGGUCGAAAAAUGAAAUGCUCGCAUAAUUUGAUUGAGAAGAAGUACAGGACCAACAUAAACUCGAAGAUCGUCGAGCUCCGCAACUGUGUUCCUUCCUUGAGAAUUUUGAUCUCGAGAGAUAGAGCUGGAAACAGAAAUGCCGGACCCGGAUCAGCUUCCGGAAGUAACGGUACUGAUGGCUCGGGAAACAUGGAUGACCUUCAAUUUGACGAUGACUAUGUUGGAAAAGGUUAUAGUGAUGAUGAGAGAAAGUUGGACGGCCUCAAACCGGCCAGAAAGCUCAACAAGGCCACAAUUCUUUCAAAGGCCACAGAGUACAUCAGGCAUUUGGAAAUCAAGAACGAGCAGUUGGUCGCAGAGAACGAGAAACUAAAGGAGCUCAUGAUAGCAAGUGGAAAUGCCACAUUUGACAUGAUGCAAGAGGAAAUGGAAUCUCCAUCCGGUAAUUUGACCGGUAUUCAUUCUUCGAAAAUGCAGCCUUCAGGGAAAACUCGCAUGGAUCCAUCUGUGAGAGCUCCUUCUUCGCUAUCAUCGCACCAUCCGGCAUCUGCCUUGUAUAGCGACUCCAGCUACACUUCUUCACCAUCUAUUAACAGCAGUAAUGGACAGGUUUCGCCUGCCCAGAGCAUGGCGGCUGCGGGUUUGAAUAAUAGUGGCUCCAGCCACAAUUCGAUGAAUUCAAACUCGCAUCCGCUCGCCAACAAAGUCCUUCUUGGUGGAAUGGCAUGUAUGCUCGGUGGAUCAGCAAUGGAUGACUUCAGUUACAAUUCUGGAACGGGCCAUAGAGGAUUAUUUGCGAUUCCUGUUGUCUCGUUCGGGUCGGGCGAAACAUUUGCUUUCAACAGCAGCGUAUUUAGACCUUUCUUGGGAUUGGCUAAAGUGCUAACAUGCAUUUAUGUCCUCUACUACACGUUUUUAAGCUCGCUUCAUCUAUAUGCCCUGAGGCAAAAGAAAGAUUCCAGCAAUACUGCAAACCGUGGGUCUUCGGCUUUAUCGAGUAUUGCUUCAGUUGCAACCACAACUCUUAUGAAUCCACACUCUAUUCUCCACUCUCUGGAUCAAACACAGGCCGAACAGUUGCUUGAUGUUCUCUCUAUUUUGAAUGUGCGUUCAUCCAGAUCUUCAAACGGUAACUUUUUGAAGGCCAUGUGCCUGAAAUACGUGUCUGAAACUUUACAGAGUGGUUCAUCCAAGUCAAAUGACUUUCUAUCUGUUGCUAAUCGGCUUAUCGCAACAUUUUUCGUUGAUCCUUUGGGUCGGAGUUACUGGAAACAUGCUUUAAAGAAGGCAAACAGCAUUAGCCAGAAAGGUUCAAAGGACUCAUCUAAUAUUGUUGUUCUUGCGCGGCUUCUUCAAUGCUUCCAAUACUCAGACGUUGAUUUGCAAAACAUCAGUGUUGUUUAUAAUUACAGAGCAGGACUUGUUAGGCUAGUGGCAAUUUACAUAUGCGAAAAGCUCACGGUACGGGCAGAAAAGAGUAUGAUUCGAUGCUUGGCUUUAGAAGACAAACUUGAGCAAAGAUCAAAAGCUACAGACGGCACUUUGAGCGAGGAGGAAGAAGAUGAGGAAGACGAGGAAGUUGAAGUGGCGGAAAGACAUGUUUUGACCAAUGCCGAAAUCAAAAGCGAGAAUAUCACUUCCAGAAACAAAUGCGAGUCCGACUUGAGGCUUAUAAAUACGUUUGAUGAUACCAUACCGAUGGAAUUGAAGUUGAAAGCUGCCAUUCUUCAGUACUUUUUACACCCAGAUGAGGGUGAGCAGUUGGCAAAAUGCUUUGAUUUGGCAAGGGUAUCUGGCCAAAUUUGUGUGGAGUUUGACGUAAAAUUGGCCUUGACUUGUUGUGCUCUCGAGUACAAGCUUAUCAAGACUCCCUCAGAUUACGAGUCGUUGAUUUCAUGGGUGUCGAAACUUCGUCUUCCAAGUUUCACUAGUAACUUCCGAGAAGGCUCGCAACUUUCGCUCUUUGGCUUUGUGUCGCUUUUGAAUGUUUUUAGUGUCCUUACUUAUGAUAUUCUCGAAUGCCUCGAUAAGGUGGAAAAUAAAGAAAGGACCAGUGAUGCUUCUUCUGUAAAUUCCGAGUUUUCAACAUCAUUAGCAGAGGAUUCGGCAGAUGAAGAAUUGGAAACGGGAACAGACAUACCGAAGAUCAAUUUCAAACUUCUUAAUGUUGUUGCAAACAUGAGGAUAUUUGCGGGAAACAACAGACACAUUUCCGAACUUGGUUUAGACGAUGAUUUGAGAAACCAGGUGAUUGAUGAUCUUGUCGGCUACAUUAGCCACUUGAAUGGCCUUUGA